AUGAAGAGAAAUGAACUUUCCGUGAGUCGACCUGCAAAGGCUGGGUACCUGCUGUACAGUGAUGGAAGCCGCAAGUGGAAGAAGGUGUUCGUGGUGCUGUUCCAGGGCCCCAAGAUUGCCUGGUUCGAGUCACCCAAAACGAAAACCCCGCUAUGUAACGUCGUAUUGAGAGAUGUAAGGAGCAUGCUGUUAGUGGGUACCGUGUGCAAGCGGAUCCCUAACUGUCCCCGACCGAUCCCUAAGAAGUUGAGCUACAGCUACAUGAUAGCGUUCACGCAGUGGGUCGCAGUGAGGAAUGCGCCUGUCUGUUUCUUCUUGUGUCCAAACGGAAACACGAUGCGGUACUUAGACUACGACUUUGACGUCGACGUUGACGUUCAAAUUGGUGGCACGGAUAAUGAUAAUGACGCCGGCGACAUCUUUGGCAAUUCCUCCGUUGCUGAUUUCGGAGGGGAUACUUUCCAAGAUUAUGAUCCCGUUUCUGUAGGUGACGUCAACUUCGACGUUAUUGGUGAGGGUUACGGUGGUGGUGAUUACGGCGGCGAUUCCGCCGGUGGUUAUUACGGUGGUGAUUCCGCAAAUGGCAUCGGCAGCGGUGAUGAAGGAGGUGACAGUGGUGGUGGAGGCCGUGAUAGCGGUGGUGGUGUAGGUUGUGGGGGAGGAGGUGGUUGUGGGGGAGGCGGUGGCUGUGGUGGUGGUUGUGGAGGUGGUGGUUGUGAUGGAGGUGGUGGAGGAGGUGGUUGUGGUGGAGGGGGAUAA